AUGCCUGCCAAUGCCAUCCAUGCCAAUUGCUUAUACGCGCUCUGCUGUUAUGCCGAAAAUGGGACAAGAGCGACAGACGAGGCUCUCGAAUUCCUCUACCCCCUCCCCAAGCCUGAGCAUCUUGCCGCGCUUCAGCUGAUACACACUUCUUCUCCUUGGCGCUUUCUGUGCUCCUUCCUUCUCCUCGCCGUCUUCAUCGUCCUCCAAGUUCCCCUCCACAACGCCUCGCAUGAACCAUCGGUCGUUGGCUCACCAAGACUACUGCUCCCUCCCAAUUGGUUCAGCGCAAUUCGGAGCGCAGUCGCCGUCUCGCAGUCCAGAGAGUUUCGAGACGGGAAUAUCCGAGGCGAUGCGUCCUGGAAGGCCCAGCUCGCCCAAAAGACCGCGUAUCUCACCUUCGCUCAUAAGCCCAUCGACUUCCCGAGUCAAGAGACCAAGGGCAGUAAGGCUCGGUUCCGUUUUGCCAACGGCCCUGAUAUGCUCGACCGCAUGCUGGGAAUAGUGGCCUAUCUUGAGGCGGGGGUGGGUGGUGAUGGACCCCGUUGUUGGGCGCAAAUUUUGAACCAGCAUCUCGAUGAGGGUAGACUUACCGGCGCCGUUGAGCCCGAGGAUACCGAUGCGGUCACCCAUACAUACUGUCAGGUUGAUUUCACCGACAGCCAGGGGUUGGCUUGGACGGUAGCGAUAGGAGGCAUCAUCGAGAGACAGCAGCGAUCCUGGAAAUCGCAAGUCUGGGGGCUCUGGUAG